AUGCCCCGUCCUACAUUUACCACCAGGCUCUCGCUUCCGCACCGCCUCAAGCGCCCGACCAGCUGCUACAACUCGUCCUCGACCCCAAGCACGCAAACCCCAGCCUCCUCCGUGCCUGCCUCGCGCAACAGCAGCCCCCGCACCCGCCCAAUGUCCGAGCAGCCCGCCCCAGCUGGCCUGGUGUUGAGGGUCACCGUCAUCAAGGGCAGAGACCUGGCUGCAAAGGACCGCAGCGGCACCUCUGACCCCUACCUCGUCCUCACCCUCGGCGACGCCAAAAUCACCACCCCCACCAUCAACAAACAACUCAAUCCAGAAUGGAACGAGACGCUCGAGCUGCCCGUUGUCGGCGAGCAGAGCCUCCUGCUCGAAGUCGUCUGCUGGGACAAGGACCGCUUCGGCAAGGACUACAUGGGCGAAUUUGACGUCAUACUCGAGGAUCACUUCCAGAACGGCCUGGCCCAGCAGGAGCCACAAUGGUUUCCCCUCGAGGCCCGCCGCUCCGGCAAGAAGAAGUCGGUCGUCUCGGGCGAGAUCCAGAUGCAAUUCACCCUCAUUGACCCCCAAAACCUCAGCGCCAGCCCAGAACAAAUACUGCAAAAGUUCUUUGCCAUUGCAGGCCAGGCGCCCAGCCCCGACGAGGAGAAGCGGCGCAAGAAGCUCAAGCUUGCGCGAUUGAAGCGAAAGGUCAAGGGCCAGACCGGCUACGCCUACUCGAGCAGCGGCGAUGUGGCUGGUGUUCUUUUCCUUGAAGUCCAGCGAUGUUCCGAUCUGCCACCGGAGCGCAAUGUGACACGAACCACAUUUGACAUGGAUCCCUUUGUCAUCACAUCGCUCGGAAAGAAGACAUACCGUACCAAAACGGUCAGACACGACCUUAACCCCGUAUUCGACGAAAAGCUCGUCUUCCAAGUCAUGCGCCACGAAACCAAUUACUCGGUCAACUUCACCGUCAUGGACAAAGACAAAUUUUCGGGCAACGACUACGUCGGCACGGUGAACUUUCCGCUCGAGAAGGCGAUUUCUACAGCUCCCCAAGAGGACCCAGAGACGGGCCUCUACAAGCUCCCAGAACCAUCAGAUUCCCCCGGCAUCUCUCCUGAUGGCGGUUCAAAAAAGUCGCGCUUUCGCAUCCCAAUGUCCCGCUCUGGGUCUACUCACAGCCUCUCUCGUUUGGGCCGGCCAUCACUAAAGAAAGAAUCGUCGACUGGCUCGCUCUCCGUACAAGAUGCGAGCGGGACGCAGCCUCCAUCACCAGGGGCUCCGCCCAGUGCCCUUACCGACUCCAACGGCAAUCUUACCCCGGGCAGCACGCUCAACCUCCAACCAUCAGCUGUGGAUGAUGAGGACCUGAAAAUGUAUACCCUUCCCCUGGAAUUGAAGCACCAGGAGCGCUGGGAGAACAAGCACAGCCCAACACUUUAUAUUCGCGCCAAAUACCUCCCUUACAAGGCCCUUCGGCAACAGUUUUGGAGAGCCAUGCUCAAGCAGUACGACGCUGAUGAGAGCGGUUUGCUGGAUAAGGUCGAGCUCACCACAAUGCUCGACACGCUUGGCUCUACGCUGCACGAAGCCACCAUUGACAGCUUCUUUGAGCGAUUUGCGUAUCGUCACAACGGAGAACACCUCCUCACAUUUGAUGAGGCCGUAAUUUGUCUUGAGGACCAGCUAGAAGCCACAGAAGCAAAGAACGCCAAGACGGAUGGGUCUUUUGUAUCGGGUUCACAGACACCAAUGACCUCUGGAAUGCUUACUCCAAUCAACCAGAGCAGCUCCACCACUUCCAUUCCGGUCUUGGAGACCAAUACCCUGGGCAAGGAAGGCGAAGAAGGAGCUGAUAUCCAGAUUGACGAUCUGGCAGAUGACAAGGGCGAGGAGCACGUCGUUGAGAUUCGCGAAUGUCCCAUCUGCCAUCAGCCGAAGCUCAACAAGCGCUCAGACGCUAAUAUUAUUACCCACAUCGCUACAUGUGCCAGUCAAGACUGGAGACAGGUGAAUAACAUUGUCAUGGCUGGUUUUGUUACGUCAAGCCAGGCUCAGCGCAAGUGGUACUCCAAGGUCAUCACCAAGAUCUCGUACGGUGGCUACAAGCUGGGCGCAAACUCGGCCAACAUCCUUGUUCAGGAUCGUCUUACGGGACAGAUCAACGAGGAGCGUAUGAGUGUUUAUGUACGUCUGGGCAUCCGUCUGCUUUACAAGGGUUUGAAGGCGAACAACAUGGAAAAGAAGCGAAUCCGCAAGCUUCUCAAGUCUCUCAGCUUCAAGCAGGGACGAAAAUACGACGACCCUGCAUCUGCCUCUGAGAUUAUACCCUUUAUCAACUUCCAUCAACUCGACAUGUCCGAGGUCUUGUUGCCCACGGAUCAGUUCAAGAACUUUAACGAGUUCUUCUACCGCGCACUGAAGCCGGGUGCGCGCCCAUGCUCUGCACCCGACGACCCAAGGGUAAUUGUGUCGCCUUCCGAUUGCCGAACCGUUGUUUUCAAUACCAUCGAUGCAGCACAGGCCAUCUGGGUCAAGGGUCGUGACUUUACCAUUGAGCGCCUGCUUGGCGACGCUUAUCCGCAAGACGUAAAGCGUUAUCAUGGAGGAUCACUCGGCAUCUUCCGACUGGCGCCGCAAGACUACCAUCGUUUCCACAUCCCUGUCGAUGGAGUCUUGGACGAACCAAAGACGAUUGAAGGUGAAUACUACACUGUAAACCCAAUGGCUAUUCGCUCAGCGUUGGACGUGUACGGUGAAAAUGUCCGAGUCGUUGUUCCCAUUGACUCUGUUGCACAUGGCCGUGUCAUGAUUAUUUGUGUAGGCGCCAUGAUGGUCGGUAGUACCGUUAUCACGCGCAAGAAGGGCGAGCAAGUCAAGCGUGCUGAAGAGCUCGGCUAUUUCAAGUUUGGUGGCAGUACCUUGCUGCUCCUUUUCGAGCCUGGCCAAAUGCGAUACGAUGAGGAUCUUGUGGAAAACUCAAACUCUGCGCUGGAGACUCUUGUCCGCGUCGGCAUGUCCAUUGGCCACAGUCCCAACAGGCCAGCUCACGUUCCAGACAUGCGCAAAAGCAACCCUACCCAUGAAGAGAAGCAGGAUGCCAAGCGCCGUAUCGAGGGUAGCUUGGCACCUGCAGGUGUCAAAGGACCCAUGCCUGGCGCUGGCAUGUAGAAUAGAUCGCGUUAGAGUGUGCACGAAUAGGCACACACAAAAGGCAUGGACAGGCUUGGAUAUUCAGUAUCAUUCUUGUGGUACGCUUGGCGUAACGAGGUUAUGAUGGAAUGUAAGCAUACGGAUCAGCGGCGUGGAUUGUCGCUUUUUCUCGGGCGUUUCUAAGAGGUUUUCUCGAGUUGUGGUGGAUAAGGUGCAUCCUAGAGAGAUAUCGUAUUAUGUACAUAUAUUUACAUUACUUACUUGCAUGCAUGUUUGAUUG